AUAAGCCUGAUGCGCAUCAAAGCUUUCACCAUAUCCUUUCUUUUUUUUUUGUUUUGCAACAGAACAACAAUUUGAAACCUUUUUCAACAGAAGCGGAGCUCCAGGGAGUGAGGAUAAACACGUGGACUAAAUGAUCAGCAGUGUUUCAGCAGUAUUGGAGAUGAUAAUGAUGGAAACCAAACAGUAAGAUUUAGAAGGACUUCUCUGUCAGGGUUUCUGUAACUGUGGUAUAAAUCUUUUGGAUUUCUAGUCUUUGUCAGAGUGCAUGGGGACCGCACUCUGUGCUACUGUUUAUAUGUGAAUGACACCAUCCAGCCAGUUCCAACCAAACAGAAACCUCAGAGACAGGCUGCAGUCCUGGAGGAGGAUGCCUUCUCUGCACCACGGAGCAAUCUUCGUCGGAGCCUUCCUCAUUGUAACCGGAGGCUCCACAGCCUUCCUGGCCUCCUACCAAAGCCGCCUGCAGGCUUUCUCCCUGUGCUGCGUGGUGCUGGGAGUAGUUAUGCUUAUCCUGGGACUAUUCUGGGCCAUGAACAGCAAAAAUGUAGUGAACUACAACCACCGUGAGUUUGACCCAGACUGUCCCCAUUACCCAUACAACGACUACUCCAACUAUCCAAGCCAUGGUCUCUUCUCUCCUCAGCUGACUCGAUUCCCAGAGUCCCAAUCAGUGUUUCUACCCAGGACAAUGGAGUGCCACAGGAAUGCUGCCCGUGGUGAAGAUUUUGACUAUCCACCCAUGGACUGUGGUGGGUUAAGCCCCGCACCUCGCCCACCACCAUGGCUGGAGCCCCCACCACCGUAUGAAGUUGCCAUCAAGACCACUUGUAGCUCUACACACCUGCGGCGUGCAUAUUCAGACACGCACCUGGCAACAGAGCCCUUGUUUGGACAGUCGAGGGAGAUCAGCUUCGAGGUGUGACACCUCGUCUUCUCUGUAUGUCACACCAGAGGAUAAAUAGGGACAAAUUUGAUGUUUGCUCCCAACUUCAUGAUUUAAUUGAAGCCUACUUCUCCCUGGUUUAUAGCAUGUUUUUUUCUAUGGUUAAUAAUUUAAACAUGAUGAAGUUACUUUGGGGUAGUUUUGUAGUUAGUUUUGGGGCAAUUGUUUGGGCAAAAUGAAGCACUAAAACUACAUAAUGAUCGCUUUUAACACAAAAAAAUAUUGAGCUAGCUUAAAAAUCAUGCUUAUAUUCCAUACUGAGUGUUACGAGAUUGUAAUUUUAGGGAUUAACAUGAUGAUUUGCAUCAUAAUACAUGUAUUAGAGAUACUGGUACAAAUGAAGUAUGAACUUAUGAGUAGCCAUGGCACGUUAGCUUAGCUCAGCUUAGCUUAGCAAAACAUAAUGAUGAGGUGAGUUUAGUGUUUUAGAAAUGUGGGUUACAACAGAUAAACCAUGUAAUGGUGACAUAUCAACCGAUUUGUGGGUUUUACAUUUUUAACUACGUCAUUUCUGAAACCAAACGUUUUAAUGAACAUUGUUUACCUCUAUUUGAAUGAGACUAAUUCAUUUAAAGGGAGCAAGGCCUCAGUCAUACACCACUGAGCGUUAAUGCAGUUUUAAUGGCUAAAACACUAAAACCUACAGGAGAAACAGAGAUUGGUUCACUUAUGGAGCUAGAUUUGAAGGGAACAUUUGAAGAAAUGCUUUUUUUUUUCUUUAUCCUCUCUCCAUUAUAAACCUCAAGACUUAAUACAGUGGCUCUCAAAGGUCUACAAACACAUGUCAAAUGUUAAAAGAAUACACCAUGAUAUGUAAUGUCUAAUAUUUUUCCACAUAUAAUGUGUCAUAUAACCUGCAAAAUUCAACUGAAAAGCAAAAAGAUUUGCUAGAAGCAGUGAAAAAAUACAAAUAAUUGGCUGCAUAAGUGUGGCUUCCCUUAACUUAAUACUUUAUUGUACCUUUUGACUCAAUUUCAGCAUUUCUAUUGACUUGCCAAUAUUUGUCCACGCUAAAGUUAUCAGAAUGUCUCAGAUUAUCCACAGCCCUCUUUGAGGGACCUUCAUUCUGUCAAAUUUAGUUCUGAAAUUUUACUAAGCCAUUCCAAAACAUGUCUUUUAAAAACAUGUUUGUGGAUUUGGGUGUAUGCUUAGACACACGGCGAUACCCCCAGCUACCACCACCAUGUUUAUCUGUAGGAAUGGUGUUCUUUUUUUUGCACCUAAUUGUUGCACAAAACUUUAAAUUUGGCUUUAUCAGACCAUGACAUGUUCUCGAUGGAGUUUUUUUUGUGUGAAGAAAACGCUCCUGUCUCACAACCGUACUCCAUAGCCUAGAGAUAAGGAGAAUGCCAGAUUAUUUUGUCACAUGUCGAGCUAAACCAGUCCUUGUUGGAAUAUCUUCUAGAUUCAGUGUUGUAGUGAACCUCUCUGCAGCCUCCUGCACAGCUUUAGUAAUGUCACUGUUCCAGUUAAUUAUGAAUCACUCCUGACUGAUGUACAGUGAGAUUCUUCUGAUACGUUUUAAACUCCAUGUAAACUGUAGCUUUAGCUAAUGCAAAUGUAGUAAAAAGAGGAAAAUCCAACAAAGAUAACUGAAGUAUAUUUUAGGUCAAUCAGAUUUAUUAUCCUAGUUCAUAAGAUGAUUCUGAUGGAGUUAUAAUUACUAUGGUUUGUCCAAGCAGGCAAUGUUUAGAAGUUUACUGAAAUCAUAUGGAUGACUUAUAGUCGAUAAUACUGCCAUCACAUUACAUUGCACUAUUCAUUGUAAGGAAGACGCUGCACUGUCCUUUGAUCUUUGACUGAACAAGCACAAUAAAUGCAGCCUACAGUCACAGCACUACAGCUGGCUAACCGUGUCCUUUUGCAUAAAAUCACGAAGUGUGCAUGUUUAUGUGUCUGAUUAUCAUUAUUCUUGGAAAAUGCAAGAUAAAGGCUAUGUCAGAUUA